UCUCGUUCGUCCAAGUGGACUUGCCGUACAACUUCCGCCGCAGCGCUCCCGUUUACGAUUUGUGGAACCAAACGUGCUUCACUAAAUCGUUCUUCCAAGAAUUCGUACUGAACGUACUUAAGGCUCGACAUGGUGCGCCCCGUGACUACUUGACUGGGGUAAAACAUGAUUCAACAAGUGGUCGUGUCCGGAUAAUCUCGUCUCGGUGCACUUUGAAACUCUUUGAGCUGGUUUAGCUUUUAUUAGCUUGCUAGCCUCUAACAAAGAGACACGUUUGUUGGCGACACAUAGCUAAGCAGAGAUCAAGGGUAAGUGUAAAGUGUUGUAUUGCCGUGGGGGGGGAAAUGUGUGCACGAACGUCAGCAGAAUACGUGGGAGAACUUUCUGGAACUAAAGAGGAGAGAAGGCGACAACGUCGACUACUGGACGCUAGUUUCAAGAAGCUUCGAGAUGUGUUAUUCGGCGCAGACGUCGAUGAAGAAUAUCUUCAUCCUGAGCAGCAGGUGCCAAAGCCCCCUUACAUUGACAAAAAAAAGGAAAAGCCCCCCCACAUUAACGAGAAAGAGAAUGAAGAGCCCCCCCAUAUUAAAGAUGAAGAGGAAAAAGAGUCCCUCCACAUCAAAGAGAAAGAGGAGCCAAAGUCCCAUCACAAAGAGGAAGAGGAGCCAAUGCUCUGUCACAAUAAAGAGGAAGAGGAAAAAGAGCCCCUCCACAAAGAAAAAGAGCCGCCAAACUCCUAUAACAUUAAAGAGGAAGACAAGGAGUAUGAUGUCACCAAGUUGGCAUUAACUUUGAGGAGUGAAGAUGCUGGUAAAGGUGAAAGUGAGGACAACAGAGAGGCUGAACCUCCAAGUAGCAGCUUAUGUCAACAAAUGAAAAAAGAUAAUGGAGACAGCUGUGGACGAUCACAAGCAGACAACCUCUCAGCUCCACAAUCAGAGUGUGACAACAUAUCAUCACCCUUUUUCGACACAGACAGUGGUGAUGAUGAACACUCGAACUGUGAUGCAACUUGUGACACUGACAAAGAACGCUGGAAAUGUUCUCCAGGUUCUCCCCAACCACAUGGUUCAACCACAUCCCCUGAUGAACCAAAUUCAAGUAGUGGAGUAAACGGCCAUGUUUUUAUUCGUGCAUACCAAAAAAGAAGCCACAAAAGAACAUACUUCAAGAGACAUUAUUGCUUGUAUUGUUCAAAGCCUUAUGCAAAGAUGGCUCGACACCUACAAUGCGCACAUCACGAUAAAUGGGAUGUGGCUGAAGCCCUAAGCUUUCCAAAGAGGUCAAAGGAGAGAAAAAAGCAGCUCGAUUACAUUCGCAACAGGGGCAAUUUUGAACACAAUACUGCUGUUUUGAAGUCAGGAAAGGGUGAGCUGGUGCCAUAUAAGCAACCACCCAAAGAAGCGCAGGGAAGUGACUUCAUGCACUGUGCCUACUGUCAAGGGCUUUUUGCAAGGAAGGUGUUGUGGCGACAUAUGCACGCUUGUGUCUUUAACCCUGCAUCAGUCCCUCCUAAGCCGGGAAGGAAGCGGGUUCAGUCACUGUGUUCAUACAUAGGUCGGAUACCUUCCCACGCGAGUAAGGAACUUUGGGGUGUCAUCAGUGCCAUGAAUCAUAACUCAAUCACAGAUAUAAUAAAAAAUGACAAGGUCAUUAUUGAUAUUGGGCAACGCCUGUUAAACAAAGGUGGAACAUCAGCAAAAAACCUCGAGUAUGUGCGAGUCAAGAUGAGAGAAAUGGGGAGGCUCAUUGCAAAUGCAAGGAAGGUCACCUCCUGUAAAAAAUUUGAAGACCUCAUAGAUCCACAAAAGUACACAGAACUGACUGAAGCUGUGAAGUCGACAUGCGGGUAUAACAUUAAAGCAGGGAAGCUCACUUAUCCAACACUUGCCAACAAACUUCACAAUACCCUGACUGAAGCAAGCAAAUUGUUAGAAGCUCAAGGUUUAAUCACAGACAAUGAAGCGCUUGUAAAGAAAGCCACUGAGUUCCAAAAAGUCCAUCAGAAAAGGUGGAAUGAAUUGAUUUCGCCUGUAGGACUGAGGAACAUCAAGGACUCUCGAUGGAACAUGCCCACUCUUGUGCCUUUUAUUGAAGAUGUUCAGAAAAUGCACAUAUAUCUCAACCAAAUGGGAGACAAGCACUACAAAUGCCUUGCCCAAAGCAUUUCUUGCCAAGCCUGGGUGGAGCUAUCCAAUGUCUGCCUCAGCCAAAUAAUUAUUUUUAACCGACGCAGGGAGGCCGUGGUUGCGAACAUGCCCUUAUCUGCAUUUUUAGCAAGCGAGACUGUUGAUCCACACAAGAAUGUCGACUGGGCACUCUCUGAAGUUGAGAAAAAACUGUGCAGACAUUUCAUAAAGAUUAUCGUCAUGGGGAAACAUGGCCGGCCAAUUCCAAUUCUCCUGACACCAAAGAUGCUGUGUGCAUUACAACUCCUUGUUCUGCUGAGACAGAGCUGUGGAGUUCUUGAAGAAAACAAAUACCUGUUUGCAAGACCUGGCACCAUGACACACGCCCGAGCUUCAAACUGCCUCCGUGGCCAUGCGAAGCUUUGUGGUGUGAAGUACUCCAAGUCAAUCACAUCCACCAGACUGUGCAAGCAUGCAGCAACCUUGUCGACUGUGCUGAACAUGACCGACACUGAGAUGAACCAGCUGGCUAACGUUCUUGGUCAUGACAUAAAAGUCCCUCCUGAGUUCUGUCGACUCCCUCAGAAGACCGAGCAACUUGCCAAGAUCAGCAAAGUUUUGAUGGCACUCGAACAAGGAAGAUUAGCUGAGUUUCAAGGCCAGGACUUGGAUCAAAUUGAAAUAAAUUCACAUGAAACAGUUAUUGACAGCAGUGAGGAAGAUGACAAUACCUUGGAGGAGGCAACCUGUUCGAAAACUGAAGAGACCGCGCCCUUGGAGGAGGCAACUUGUUCGACUACCAUUGAUGGUAAAUGCUACAUCCAGGCUCUAUUAUGUUAAAUUUGCUUUCUUGCUGUACAUCUUGCUGAAAAUGUAGAUUUUAGUAUUAGUUUUGCAUUGAGCUGCCUGUGCUAGUCACAUUAGGUAAAGCACGACAGAAGACGUCAACACAGUGGAGCCAGCAAGAAGUCCAGGCAGUGAAGAAACAUAUGAGUCGUUUCAUCACCUCUUGCAUUGUCCCAGGAAAGAAUGACUGUGAGGAAUGUUUAAGGGCUGACCCAAAAGCGCUAAAGAACCGCAACUGGAAAAAUAUUAAAUUCUAUGUUUACAAUCGCAUUAGGGUCAAGCAAAGGAAAACUCUACCGGUAUGUGAAUAAUGUGAAACUUAAGUCAAUAAAAGUUAUUUUCAUUGCAA